CCCAGCCAUGCUGAUCGCAGAGGAGGAGGAGGAGGAGAGCCAGGGCGCGGGGGGUCACCUCGUGCGCCAGCCCCCGGAGACAGGCAGCGUCCGGAAGCAGGGCUGUGACCCUUUUGCACAGACCCAGCGCAGCAAGCUGCAGCACCGCCGCGCACGGAUCAACCAGCAGAUCAACAAGGAGAUGAGGAUGAGAGCUGGGGCAGAGAAUCUCUUCCGAGCCACCAGUAACCACAAAGUAAAGGAAACAGUAGCCUUGGAGCUCAGCUACGUUAACUCCAACCUGCAGUUACUGAAGGAGGAACUAGAGGAGCUGAACAGCUGCAUGGAUGUGUACCAGAAUGACAGUGAAGCUAUCAGCGUCCCUAUGAUUCCUCUGGGACUGAAGGAGACGAAGGAAUUGGACCUGAUGGUACCAUUGAGGGAUUUCAUCUGCGAACACUACGGGGAGGAUGGAGCUUUGUUUGACAAGGAAAUCAGAGAGUUCAUGGAGCUGCGGCAGGCCAUGCGAACACCCAGCCGGAACGAGGCAGGGCUGGAGCUUCUCAUGGAGUAUUACAACCAGCUCUACUUUCUCGACAAUCGGUUCUUCCCUCCCAGUAAAAACCUGGGAGUCUUCUUCCACUGGUACGACUCGCUGACAGGAGUCCCAUCCCAUCAGCGUGCGCUGGCAUUCGAGAAGGGCAGUGUGCUUUUCAACAUUGGGGCUCUGCACACCCAGAUUGGGGCACGCCAGGACCGCACCACAUUACAGGGGGUCGAUCGGGCCAUCGAUGCGUUUCAGAAGGCAGCUGGUGCAUUCAACUACCUGAAGGAGAACUUCUCCAAUGCACCCAGCCUGGACAUGAGUGCCCCCUCCCUCAAUAUGCUGGUGCACCUGAUGAUCGCCCAGGUGCAGGAGUGCGUCUUUGAGAAAGUCACGCUUAUCCACGCCCAGGACGACUUCCUCACUCAGCUGCAGAUUGCGCAGGAAGCCACCAGGGUUGAAGAUGUUUACUCCUUGGUGCAUCAGACCAUGACGCAGGCCCACGUGAAGGAUUACGUUCCUUUCUCCUGGACUACCAUGGUCCACGUCAAGUCAGAGCAUUUCAAGGCCUUGUCCCACUACUAUACUGCCAUUGCACUUUGCGACUGCCCCGUGACAUCUGAUGCUGACCUCCCGGAGCAUGAGAAGGUCUUCAUCCAGUUCCACGUCACCAUGCCAGAGGGACCCUCUCUUCGCAUGCUGCUGCAAGACCAGGAGGAGAGAAGGAAGCUGGGCAAGGCUCAUCUGAAGAAGGCCAUCAUGAGGCAUGAGGAAGCCAUGAGGAUCCAUGGCCUGUGCAAGAUCCUGAGGAAGAUGGAUAUCCUCCAAGAGGUGCUGUCCUUUGCUCACAAGCGCUCACUGAGCAAGUACUCGGACAUUGACCACGAGGAGGACUUCUUCGAAACUGGAGAUGCCCCUGACAUUCACCCCAAAACGCAUCAGAGACCAGAAAUCAUAUCUCCCAACUUCUCCCAGGUGAAGGUGACUGACAUCUUCCAUCGACUGGUACGUACAAGGGGGCCUCUGACAGUUUUCUCAGCCAAAAACAAGUGGCACCCGGCACGGAAAGUUCACCUGGUCCGAGGAGAUAGCGCCUUUGGAUUCACGCUUCGAGGGGAUUCCCCCGUCCUCAUUGCCGGAGUGAUACCCGGGGGCUGCGCAGCGGAAGCUGGGCUGAAAGAAGGAGACUUUAUCAUCUCUGUGAAUGGCAAGGACUGCAGAUGGUUGAAGCACGCAGAGGUGGUGCAGCUGCUGAAGAGCGUCGGCGAAGACGGGGUGGAGCUUGGCUUGAUCACCCUUCAGAGCUCUGAGGUGCAGAACAUGAUGGACAGGAAGUCGGCUGCCAUGUCCUUGGGCGGCGGCCUACUGAAGAACAACAAGGAGAACAGCCGCAAGAGCCUCAUGAACAACAAGAGCGCCAGCACGCUCCUGGCCUGGAAGAAAAGCAAGCGCAGCAAGAACAGCACUUACAGCCUCCCCUUUGCUGCGGUCGGGGACAAUGAGGCCAUGUACUGAGACCCAGCCCAGCUGGGUCCCAGCUGUGGAUGAUGGGCCUCCCGGCACGUCGGGGCUGACCCUUACCUGGGAAGCCAGAGAAGGCAGCGAUGCCCUAUCACCCAGAGAUGGUCUGGUAUCGGUGCAGUGAGCUGCUCUCCUUGUGCAGGCAGGUGUAAACUGCCUAGCUGACCCCCAAGGCCUGGGGAUAGCAGCAUGAGGCUGGGUUCUCACAGACCGGGAUGGAUGGUGCACAGCAUGUGCCGCUGGUGAACAGCAGGCACCUCUGCCUGUGCACUAACAUGCAACGGGAUGGUUCUGACUCUUCUGCCUCCUACUUUAGUACGAGUCAGAACUGCAGAGCUGAUCUGCAGUCUCCUGCCCUUUGGUAAACUCAAGAACUGUCAACACCAGCCAUAAAACAAGCUGUAGAGCUCUGCUGGCUCUUCAGGCUUUAUCCUACAGCAUGUGCCAAUGUUGGGAUCUCUUAUAAAGCAGCUGGUUUACGUAGUGCAGAGACAAGAGUUCCUGAACUUCGUGAGAGAAGGAGGGAAGAAUGAGAUGGGUAGAGCUGCUGGGAACUGAUCGUGGAGUAUGUCCAGGGUUUCCCAGUCCAGUGUGACCAUCCGCCGACAGCCUGGAGGGAGGGACAGCAAGUGUAGGAAGCCAGCCUGGCCAGUCCAGAGCGCGCACCAAAUUUCCCAAUCAGCUCAGAGCAGCUGGGGAUAAGAGUAGGGAUGUUUCUUACCACAAAAGGGCUCUUUGGGCUACUGAGUGAAGCACUUGAAUCAGCCGAGGCCACCAUUGAGGUAUUGGACAGGUUCGUGUGAACCCCAUUGUCCAGGACCUGCUGUAUCUGAGGAUCCUGCCCAGCUCAGCCUGCAAGGCAGGGCACUACAUAGACAGCAGAUGCAGAUCUUGAAUGUGUGUGUGAGGGCAGACUGUUCAGACAACUUCCCAGGGGGGCAGUACAUGGGUGGGUGUUUGGUAGAAACUCCAUGUGACUAUUUAAUGGCCAUAGGACAAUGCCGCUCUAGUUUGGCCCCAACCCAUUUGUGGAUAUGAAACACAUGGUGAUGGUAAAAUGCCCCCAAGUUGUUAAUAUUGUAGAACUUAGCAAGUGGAUUGACCGAAUCAGGAACCACUUUGUGCUCUUAUGUGUCACCACCAGUUCCAUUCAGUGAUAGUUAGAUGAGCCGUGUUGAUACCUUUACACUGCAGGGUUCCCCAGUGUGUGUAAAUGAGCCCAAACUGGCUUUGAACUUUCUCUCAGUGCCUGAUAGCAGUCACACAAGUGGGGAGUUAACACGGGCCACCCAAACUCACGUGGGUACGUGCACAGACAUUUCAUCCUGCUCAGAGGUUCCAGCUUCUGCGGCUGCAGUACCCAUGCUGGCUAGUUUAAAGCAAGCUCAGACGGCUGCUUCACGAUGCCCAUUGUAGACGGGCCUCUUGUCACUGAGAGAGGUUUGGGAGCUGUGGCAGGGGGCAGGUGUAGGAUGUUGUAGCCAUGUAGACACCAGUGCAAACUCCUGAUCCAGCCCAGCCCUGAGCACAUGAUUAAAGGCUUCACUGAAUAUAGGCCCAGAUGCAUUAUUUUAAUGCAGUGGUUCGCAACCUUUUUAGAGCCCGGGUGCCCUCCAACACUGUUUUGAAUUGGGCAACAGCCCCGAGUAUGAACCACCGUCAUGCUAUUUUGGCUUACUUAGUGGUUCUCAACCAGGUGCUCCCGCACCUGGUGUUAUCAGAUAAACCUAAAGCAGUUGAGUAUGGUGGCAUACCCGAUGGUUUUCGAGACCUGUGCAAAACUCCCUGUGCAGUGCUGGUGGCAGAGAAGGAAAGUAGUCUCAUCUGCCCUAGGUUUCCUUGCACAUCACCCCUUUGACCGAACAGUACAAAUGACUGCAGCUGAAGCACACACUCUUCCAUAGCCCUGUGGGUGCCUCCUGGCAUGCCCCUUCCACAAACGGGUGCAGUACAGUUCCACCUGCCCGGUGUGUCUCUGUUUUGUGGGGUCAGACUGGGAGGGCCACAGGAAAAGCAUGGGCUCUAGCCACAGUUGCUUCCUAAUCUGUCUCCCCAGCGGCAGUUCACCUGGCCACUGGGGCAUUUCUGGAAGGGUCUUGCACCACCCCAAGGUGGUGUUUCAUGCCCAGGGCUUUGCACUAAUAAAGGGGCUCCAUUUGCACUGCAACAACUUGGAUCUUUACUCAAGUGCAGUGUAUUGUGGGCUACUGCUUGCGGCCACGAGGUGCAUUGCAUGCUUGCUGUUGGAAAAUUCUCCAAGCACACAGAGCUUCCUGGUGUCCCCUCCAAAUGAACCCUACGACAACUCCCAUCCCAGCCUUCAGGCACCCUGGUUGAGAACCGCAUUAAUGGAUGUGCAAGGCAUGCAUCUUCUGCCCAGGAAACACAGUCCAGGGACAUACAUUGCUCUUUCGGCUCAAAAGGGAAAGACGUAGCCACCCAGUCAUGACCGUAUUUUCCACAAGCAGAUGUGGAUUGCUUUCAUCAUGCAGAUAAAUUAACAGCAAAAAGGCUUGCCGCUUGAUGUGCCCAAGAUUAAAAACCCAAGGAGAGAACACCUUCAAAUGAUUAACUUACUAAAUGUAGCCCUGAAUGUCAGAUCUCACACAGGUUGCUAAUGCCCUUCCUUUGUGUGCUCUCGGCUUUCUUAAUGGCAAUGACCUGAUUGAUACGUGUAUCUUAGCAAUUGUAGUGGAAACGCCGGCAGAAUCAAGCCGACGCACUCCAGAUGUGUACAUUUUUUAUUAUUAUUUUCCGUUCCCUGUCCGUGUUGUGCAUUAUUUCUUCUUUGAAGGUUACGGAGAUGUCUCAUCCGGUUGAGUGCUCAACUGCUCUCGGUAGGUAUAAAAUACCCUUUGGAGAUGUAAUUGUAUUUUUGUACUUUAAGUCAUGGAAAUGCUAUAGCGAAAGAUUAAUGGAAUAAACCAACCACGCAGGCUCCUCGGGCUGGGAGAUAACCUUCCCCGUUAGCCGCCUUUCCUUUGGUUCUGUGGAGCACAACGCUCCUGUGCGAAGGCAUUGAUCUUUUUAUCUAAGAAAAAUAAAUAAAUAAAACAGUGGUUUUUACCCCUGGAAAAGC